AUGGCUAGAGCUGAUAUUAUGUCCAAGGAGUUCAUCUCAGACUCUGAAUCCGAUACUGAAAUGGAUCAAACAUUCAAAGCUCCAUCAGAUUUCAAGAAAUGUGACCAUUUGAAGAAAUUUCCAUUGGAUAAAUUAACAAAGAAGUCAGAGGAAGAAGUAUGGUUGCUUAAUAUACCAGCAAACUUAGAUAUCUCGAAAUUGAAGACAUUGCCAAUUGAUUUUAAGAGAACAAGUUCUGUUACAGUAGAGAAACAAAGUUAUGAAAUUGAACAAGAAAAAAAUAAGGACAACAGUAAUCUUGUUGUAAUGGUUCCAGGAAAUAAAAGAGAUUCUUUAAAAAUUUUAACAAAACAAGAUAAACCUUUCCAAUUCGAUAAAAUUUUCACUGUUAGUGAAUCUAAAGAUAUUCCAGAUAUAAACUACAAAGAAGUUAGAACAGAACGUGAAAAUGUACCUGUAGUAAGUGGUUUAAUAACGAGACACUUUGCUACUGGUUAUGACGCAGAAGAUUUCGGUAUAAAUGAACCAAUUAAAACGAAAAAGAAGGAAAGUGUACUUGAAGAGAAUAAUGAAACAGAGGAACAAGACAACUCUAAGAAACGUCAUCACCACCAUCAUCACAAAGAAGAAAGUGAUGGAGCUCCUUCAAAGAAGAAAAAGAAGGAAAAGAAAGAUAAAAAGCAUAAGAAAGACAAGAAGAAGGAGAAUAAAUAA